CUCUUUACUAACUCUCAGGAUUGUCUUGACCCUGACCGCCCUUCGCCAUGUCAAGUCAACCUCAGAUCCCACAGUACUAUGACCUUUUAGGUAUUCCUCCUACUGCCAGUUUGGAGGAGAUCCGUGCUGCUUAUAAGAAGGAGUCCCUGAGAACUCAUCCUGACCGAAAACCUGAUGCUACCCCUGAGGAGAGGAAGAAAAUGACAGAGCAGUUCCAGGCUGUUGCGGAUGCAUAUUAUGUCUUAUCUAGCCCUCAGCGCCGUAAGGAAUACGAUGCUCUGCUUCGCUCACGCGGAUAUUCUUCGUCGAAGAGUGGGGGUGCCAAUCAGAACUCGGGCGCGGACGCAGGGACUGGGGCUGGCCCAUUUCCGUUCUUCACCACAGACCCAGCUGCAUCUGCAGCUUUCUUCGAGCAAUUCAAAUCUUUCUUCACGCCGCGUGCUGAGCAAGCUUCAUCAUCAGCUUCGAAUCCAGCUGGCAUGGACGCCGAGGGAGAGUUUCGGCGUCCGGAUCCGGAAAGUGUGUUCGGAGAUGUGUUCGAGGAAUUACUUCGCCCUGAAGUGGAGAGGCGCGUAUCAUGGUGGUCAUACCUGGGUGCGCUGAGCGGAGGCACUCUAGGAUACAUACUGGGAAAUAUUCCUGGAGCAAUAGCUGGUAGUGUCGCUGGAAAUCGGCUCGGUGCUAUUCGAGACGCAAAGGGAAAACCAGUCAUUUCCGUUUUUGCACAGUUGGGUGGCAGUCAGAAAGCUGAGAUCCUGAAAGUUUUGGCCUUUAAAGUGCUUGGCUCUAUUGGCUCAAUGUAGCGUGGUGUUCUCCCAUCCUUUGGAUCUUCAACAGCCAGUAUAGUCAUCAAUAUUGUGGUUGCCAACCCACUUAUAAUUUCCGUCCUUUAUCCCAUACCGCUUUGCCCAGCAACGUAUUUUGUGACCCAUGUACAUAUAACGAACGUAAGAACUCUGCAAUACAUGUAUGACCUCCACUGCGUGUCU